GAAGGCCGAGAGAUUCCGAGCGGGUGUUUGUGACAAAGGCACAGGUCUCCGGAGCCAGCAGGUGGAGGAGGCAGCCACCCCAACGUUAUGGAUUACAAGUCGGGCCUGAUCCAGGAUGGCAGCCCCAUGGAGAACCUGGAGAAGCAGCUGAUCUGUCCCAUCUGCCUGGAGAUGUUCACCAAGCCAGUGGUCAUCCUGCCGUGUCAGCACAACCUGUGUCGCAAGUGUGCCAACGACAUCUUCCAGGCCGCAAAUCCUUACUGGACCAACCGGAGCGGCACGGUGUCCAUGUCCGGCGGCCGUUUCCGCUGCCCGUCCUGCCGCCACGAGGUGGUCAUGGACAGGCACGGCGUGUACGGGCUGCAGAGGAACCUGCUGGUGGAGAACAUCAUUGAUAUCUACAAGCAGGAGUGCUCCAGUCGGCCCCUGCAGAAGGGCAGUCACCCCAUGUGCAAGGAGCACGAAGACGAGAAAAUCAACAUCUACUGCCUCACGUGUGAGACGCCCACGUGCUCCAUGUGCAAGGUGUUUGGAGCCCACCAGGCCUGCGAGGUGGCCCCGCUGCAGAGCGUCUUCCAGGGCCAAAAGACGGAGCUGAGUAACUGCAUCUCCAUGCUGGUGGCGGGGAACGACCGUGUGCAGACCAUCAUCACCCAGCUGGAGGACUCCUGUCGAGUGACCAAGGAGAACAGCCACCGGGUGAAAGAGGAGCUGAGCCGCAAGUUCGAUGUCCUGUACGCCGUCCUGGACGAGAAGAAGAGCGAGCUGCUGCAGCGCAUCACGCAGGAGCAGGAGGGGAAACUCAGCUUCCUGGAGGCCCUCAUCCUGCAGUACCGGGAGCAGCUCGACAAGUCCACCAAGCUGGUGGAGACGGCCAUCCAGUCCCUGGAUGAGCCUGGCGGGGCCACCUUCCUCAUGAGUGCCAAGCAGCUCAUCAAAAGCAUUGUGGAAGCUUCCAAGGGUUGCCAGCUGGGGAAGACAGAGCAGGGCUUUGAAAACAUGGACUACUUCACCUUGGACUUGGAGCACAUAGCAGACGCCCUGAGGGCCAUCGACUUUGGGACAGAUGAGGAGGAAGACGAGUUCCUGGAGGAAGAAGACGAUCAGGACGAAGAGCAGUCCUCAGCAGGGAAGGAGGAAGGACACCAGUAAGGAGCUGGAGGAGGAGAGACGCUCGAGAUGCAGCCUGGGG